GUGUGUGUGUGUGUGUGAGGGAGAGAGAGAGAGAGAGAGCACCGUGUUUGUAAACUCCACCGUUCCUGCCGUGUCUCCUCACACGGUGAGAGCGAGUGCGGGUCCGACGUUUCGAAACGAGCAGCACAGCACAAACGACGCGAACGAGCAGCAAGCAAAAAAAAAAAAAAAAAAAAACCCAGCACAACUAAAGGAGGGAAAAAUUAAAAGAAGAAACGAGACUUUCACUCACAAACACUUUGUUGUACACUACGGAGAGAGAGAGAGAGAGGGGUGGUCCAUUCGGAGAGAGAAAGAGAGAGAGAAGGAAGGAGAGACGAAAGGAGGGAAGGAGUAGAGCCGCCACUGCCGCUGGAACUCUCCUCGCCCCCUGUCGUCUCCACGGUGACCAGCUCUCCCCGCUCUCAGUCUAGGUGCGACCGCGCCACUGGUGCCGAUCCGCAGACAGAGGAAAGGAGAGGAGGAAGAAACACGAGAACCAGACCAAGAGAGAAAGAGGAGGGGAGGAGACCAGCACUCUCUCUCUCUCCUCCACUCUCUCUUUCUCUCUGUCUCUCUUGAGAUACAUUAUCUGUUCUCUCUACCUCUCACUCACUCUCCUGUUCUAGGGUGCGUCAUCCUGCUCGGUCUCCUAGUGAUUUACUUAUCGCUGGUCUCUAUUCUUUCGUUCUUUCUCUCUCGUUCCCCUCUUUCACUCCUCACUUGUGGCUGAGUCUGUGUUCACUCUGACCAGAACUGCACAGCUCUGCAAAGUCUACUCUCUGUCUCAGGACUACACUCUCUGUGCUGCCGGUGUUGUUGUACUCACCGGAGCAGAGAAGCAGCAAUCAAUUCUUAACCUCUUGUUGACUGAGGUCUUUUUAAAUACCCGUUUCAGCCGGACUUCUUCUCCCUGCAACGCUAACCCCCAGCCCCCUUCAAAGCCGACCAGGACCGUGGAGGAUGUUUUGGAUUGUAAACUUUGUAGCUCUGGCUGGCUAAAGAUAUUUCCUGUCACUCUAAUACGAUCUCCACAGGGUCUUGAUCCCCUUUCAGGAGAUUGCGGUGUAGAUUUAGCCUGUUUGUUUUUGAGGUGACUCGUGGAUGGACUGUUUUUAUUCUGGCGUCUGCGUUUUGUUUUCUUCAUGCCAUGGAAAUCAAAGGGAUUGCCCUAUGUCAUUUUGUACAUCAAAGUAACAUACACGACAGAAGGCAUGAAGCUUGCAGAGCAUCUUUGAAGUGAAGAUUCAGUCUUGUUUGCUUGUCUUUCUACAGCACAAUCCCUAACAAACUGUGUUGGUGACCUACUAGUUGAUUGUCACAUCAUCAAAGAGUUGGCACCCAAGUUCAUAGCACACAAGGGCUCGCAGUGGGACUUUCUCUUUGGUCGUAUCUGCUCCACACAGAUUUUUUGAGGUGUGUGGAGUUCGAGCACUUUGACACUGGCAUGCUUUUGGAGGCCCAUCGUGCCGGGACUGUGCGCGAUGUUGCAGACAAUCUACGAGACGGAAUCCUGCUUCUCCUCCGACAGUGUCUCCGGCAGGGAACAGUCCCUGGAGCUUCUCUCCCAGGCUGGUGUGUCCACCAUGCCCAGCACCGCAUUGGACAUGAAGACAUCGUUACCGGGCGGACUGCGUAGCCCCGUGGGCGACUCGGGUCCCGGAGGCGGCAGCGUGAGCAUCGUCGGCGGAGGAGGCGAGCGCUGCAGCAGCGGCGGCGGCGGCGGCGGCGGCAGCAACACGGGCACCGGGAGCUCAGGCGGCAAUCCCACCAACGCGUCCAGCGGCGGCGGAGGAGGAGGCAGCGUGGCGGUGGACCUGCGCACCGACCUGCGGGGCGACGUGCGCCUGAGCGCGCUGGGUGGCAUGGACCCGGCGCUGACCGAGCAGCAGCUGCAGCACGAGCUGCUCCUGCUCAAGCAGCAGCAGGAGCUGCAAAAACAGCUGCUCUUCGCCGAGUUCCAGAAGCAGCACGAGGUGCUGACGCGCCAGCACGAGGUCCAGCUUCAGGAGCACCUCAAGCAGCAGCAGGAGAUUCUGGCAGUCAAGCGUCAGCAGGAGUUGGAGCAGAAGCGCAAGCUGGAGCAGCAGCGUCACGAGGAGCUGGAGAAGCAGCGUCUGGAGCAGCAGCUCAUCAUGCUGCGCAACAAGGAGAAGGGCAAAGAGAGUGCCAUUGCCAGCACUGAGGUCAAGUUGAAGUUGCAGGAGUUCCUCCUGAGCAAAAAAGAUCCCACCCCUGGCGGACUAAACCAUUCCUUCACCCAGAAGUGCUGGGGCGCUCAGCACACCUCCCUGGACCAGAGUUCCCCCCCUCAGACAAACACGCCCCCCUCCUACAAAUUGCCCCCUCUCCUGGGUGCCUAUGAGGGCAAGGACGAUUUCCCUCUGCGCAAGACUGCCUCUGAGCCCAAUCUGAAGGUGCGCUCGCGGUUAAAACAGAAGGUUGCUGAGCGACGCAGCAGCCCUCUACUGAGGAGAAAAGAUGGAACUGUCAUCAGCACUUUCAAGAAAAGAGCCAUUGAAAUCUCAGUGUCGUCCAUGUGCAGCAGCGCCCCCGGUUCUGGGCCCAGCUCUCCGAACAGCUCCAACAGCGCCAUCGCCGAGAACGGCUCCAGCGGCUCCGUCCCCAACAUCCAUGCUGAGCAGCUGCGCUCUCUCCACCAGUCUCUGAACGCGGACGGGACGGUGAGCCCCCUGACUCUCUACACGUCCCCCUCGCUCCCCAACAUCUCUCUGGGCCUGCCUGCCAACUCGCACAUCACGAGUGGGCUGACGUUUGCUGCUGACCUCCAGGCUUCCCAGAAGCUGCAGGAGGCGGAGCGACAGGCCCUACAGUCGCUACGUCAGGGCGGUGCGCUGACGGGGAAGUUUGUCAGCACCUCGUCACUGCCGGCGUGCCUGCCCCCGCCCGGAGCCCCCCACGACGCCGACGGCCCCCAGACCAACUCGCACUCGCACUCCUCGCUCCUGCAGCACGUGCUACUGCUGGAACAGGCGCGGCAGCAGAGCGCGCUGCUCGCAGUGCCCAUGUAUGGCCAGUCGCCAUUGGUUACGGGCGAGCGGGUGUCCAAUAACAUGCGUACGGUGAACAAGCUGCCGCGGCACCGGCCCCUGAGCCGCACCCAGUCGGCGCCGCUGCCCCAGAGUCCACAGGCCCUCCAGCAGCUGGUCAUGCAGCAGCAGCACCAGCACUUCCUGGAGAAGCAGAAACAGUACCAGCUCAACAAGUGUGACUUCGAGACAGAGAUCCUCUCCAAGGGGGCGGAACUUCCCCGUCAGCCGCCCACUCACCCCGAGGAGACGGAGGAGGAGCUCACAGAGACGGCCGAGAUGCUAGAGGAAGGCCGGGGCGAGGGGCCAGAGCACACGCGUGAGCCGCGCCUCCAAAAGGACGGCUCAGGCGAAACGUCGCCGCCGUCGGAGCGCCUGCUGCCCCUGAAGGGAGAGAGCACCGAGAGCGACUUGGAGGAGGAGGACGACGAAGACGAGGCCAUCGAGCUCAAGGAGUGCGACGACGAUGGCACCCCCUAUGGACAGUUUUCAGACCAACAUCACAUUCAGCAGCUCAAUGUGUUCCAGGCCUCUCUCUCCAUCACUGGCAUGCCCCACAGACCCCUGGGAAGGGCCCAGUCCUCCCCGGCCACCGCCAGUCUUAAGGGAGCCCCUAUGGCAGAAGUCCCCAUUAAGCACCUCUUCACUACAGGGCUGGUGUACGACACGCUGAUGCUGAAGCACCAGUGCAUGUGUGGCAACACCCACAUCCACCCGGAGCACGCGGGCCGCAUCCAGAGCGUGUGGUCCCGGCUGCAGGAGACCGGGCUGCUGGGCCGCUGUGAGAGGAUCCGGGGCAGGAAGGCCACGCUAGAUGAGAUUCAGACAGUUCACUCAGAGUAUCACACUCUCCUCUACGGAACCAGUCCUCUGAACAGGCAGAAGCUAGACAGCAAGAAGCUCUUAGGGCCAAUGAGUCAAAAAAUGUACGCCAUGUUGCCCUGUGGAGGCAUCGGGGUGGACAGCGAUACAGUCUGGAACGAGAUGCACUCCUCUGGGGCAGUCCGCAUGGCUGUGGGCUGCGUCAUUGAGCUGGCCUUCAAGGUUGCCGCCGGAGAACUCAAGAACGGUUUCGCUGUGGUCCGUCCACCUGGGCAUCAUGCAGAGGAGUCCACAGCCAUGGGGUUCUGCUUCUUCAACUCAGUGGCCAUUACAGCAAAGCUCUUGCAGCAGAAACUCGGAGUAGGAAAGAUACUCAUUGUGGACUGGGACAUUCACCAUGGCAACGGGAGUCAGCAGGCCUUCUACAACGAUCCCAAUGUACUCUACAUCUCCCUCCAUCGCUAUGACGAUGGCAACUUCUUUCCCGGGAGCGGAGCUCCUGAGGAGGUGGGAGUUGGGCCAGGUGUGGGCUUUAAUGUGAACAUUGCCUGGACGGGUGGAGUGGAGCCCCCUAUGGGUGAUGUGGAGUACUUAACAGCCUUCAGGACUGUGGUGAUGCCGAUCGCCAAUGAGUUCUCUCCGGACGUGGUCCUGGUGUCGGCCGGCUUCGACGCGGUCGAGGGUCACCAGUCCCCUCUGGGCGGCUACAACGUCACGGCCAAGUGUUUUGGCCACCUCACGAAGCAACUGAUGACGCUGGCAGGAGGGCGAGUGGUUUUGGCUCUGGAGGGGGGGCAUGACCUCACAGCCAUCUGCGAUGCCUCUGAGGCCUGUGUGUCAGCACUGCUGGGAGAUGAGCUGGAACCUCUGCCAGAGUCCGUCCUGCAGGAGAAGCCGUGCCCUAAAGCAGCCGCCUCACUGGAGAGGGUCAUAGAGAUCCAGAGUAAACACUGGAGUUCCCUGCAGCGGCUGGCUCCUACCGUGGGACAGUGUCUGUUGGAUGCCCAGAGAAGAGAGAAGGACGAAGCGGACACCGUGACGGCCAUGGCCUCGCUCACUGUUGAUGCCGAGCAGGCUGCUGUUGUCACGGAGAUCAGGUCAGUGGAAGAGCCUAUGGAGGAGGAGCCGGCGCUUUAGGACAACUGGAUGUGUCGCGACCUGCGGCAGUUCUUUUGUCUCCGGCGCCUGGGCUGCAGUGUCCCCGAGUGACUUCUUUCUCCUCCUCACACAAACCCCUCCUCCCUCCACCUCUGUCGGGACCUGCGACACAUCGCCUCACCUGUGCCUGCAUCACCUGUGUCUCACACACACACUUGUCUCCAGGUCAGCGUACUGGCAUGUUUGUGUGUGAGUGUGUGCACACGUGUGUGUUUGGGUGAGGGGUGACAGGUGAGAGAAAACAAACAUGAUCUCACUCUCUCAUGCGGCUAGUGGGAGACUUUGUUUGAUUGGCUGGUGGAAGGGCAGGAAGAGGCGGGCCAUUCUGCUUAUGCCUUUGUUUAUAUGACACUUAUUGUUCUUUUUUUGGAGCGAACUACAGCAACGACAACACACAAAAGACAAUGGCACUGGCAUAUUGUCAUUGAAACGGCUGAAGAGGCUAUGUACAUUUCCUGUGCUACUUUUUCAAAGAGGAAAACACAACAGUCGUCAGGACAUUUUCAAAAUGGAAAAAGCCAACAAGCAGCAAAAAUAUUUCAACAACCUUAUGUAUAUGCUCAAUAGCUCAUACACAUGUACACGCAUAAACAUUGACACACGCACUGUAACUUACAAACACUGAUCCCAAAUAUGUUCCCAGCUAAAUAAUAACAAAGACUUUUAAAGCUUUUGGGCUCUCUGUCACAAACAUGCAUACCUCUUUCCUCUACUUGUCUAUUGGUUGGAAUACAUGUUUGUCUGUACAGUAAUUUGUUCAAAGAAGCACACAAUCGUAUAUAUGGAUACGAUGUAUGUAUAGGCUUAUAUGUGGUUCUGUAUGUGUGUCUUGUAAACACAUGCUUGAUAUAUAUUUAUAUAUAAAUACUGUACAAUAUCUCGGUCAUGUGUUUGAUAAUUGCUGUGGUUGGGCUUAUGUGGUAAGAACCAUGCAGGAAAGCCCCUUGACAACCGUUUUUCUCCCCUAAUUUUGGCCAAUUGAUUUUCAAGGCUGCUGUGCCUCCCACAUUGUCACAGUAGAUAUAAGACAUUGUCAGGAGACAACAGAUUAAUUUUGGACACACACUCUGAUUGGUCUUCUUGUCACACAGAGACACUAACACACACACACACACACACACAAUGACACUUAACCCGUUGGCAGCCCUGCUUGAGUAGGAGGCAGUGGCUUUGCUAAGACUGUAUACCCUGACCUGUCCUGUCCCUGACGCUGACUGACCAAUGGUGGGUACUCAGCGUGACAGAGACGUCUUUUUAAAAAUAACUUGGUGCCUUUUCUGAGACAUAAUAAUACUAAUGAAAAUAAUAAUAAUAAUGAUGAUGAUAAUAAUAAAGAACACCAACAAUGGAAUGGAGAAAGAAAAAUCUGCAUGUUUUACUCUCCUCUUUCACUCAGUUUUUACCAUUUAUCUUGUUUAAGUUUUGAAGUUUUGGUUGUAAUUGCCUUAAGUUUCUUUUUUGUUGUUAGCCAAUUUAGCCAUGCAGGCAAUGAGCACAGCUUGGAUUCCAUCUCUCUCUCUUUUCCUCUUCAUCCCUCUCUCUCUUCCAUUUGUCUCUUUCUCUCUUUGUGUUGUCCCUCUAUCUUUUUUUGUCCGAGUGCAGCUCCUUUUAAGGGCUAUAUGGUCAUCUGGCCAGCAGCCUGAAUUUGUUUUUGUUUUUAUUUACAUGUUGAUUUAUAUGUCCAUCCUCUGCUCUUGGGCAGCCUGCAGGACACACACUAACAAACUCCUGAAUACGACCAAUCCGUAUGUUAUUUCCCUUCCUCUUGGCUGUAGAUGCGUUUUCCAUUGUCGGCUCUCCUCAGGAGGCAGAGUCAAUCAUGAGCUAUUUCUUUUCCUUUGGUUUUGAGAGGAAAAAAACUGUACAUGGUCAUUUUUUUAUGGAAAUCUUUUUUGUAAAAAAAUAAUACACACACACACAUAUAUAUAUAUCUAUAUAUAUCUAUAUAUAUAUAUAUAUAUAUAUAUAUAUAUAUAUAUAAUAAGACAAAAACAGAUAUCAGUGUUAAUCCACAGCGGUUGGAUUCAACUACUUGCUUAUCUGAAAAGAGGCAUAAUGUUUUGGGAGAGAGCAUAAGCACAGUGUAUUAUUUGUGUUUUUGUUUAUUUUGUAUUGAUGUCUUUGUUUUUGUCACUGCACAGGAAUGUGGAACAGCCCUUUGUCAGGGAAAGCUCUGUUCCCUUCACAACUGUCUAGGAAAAACAAAAAACAAAUACACACACACAAUGAUAAUUUCCUCUAGGCAAUAAGGUGUAGCACCACUUUACAAAAACAUAAAACACACAUACACUCUUAACCCAACAAUACCACAAGGUUCUUGGUGGCUAGUUCAUCACCCAUGUAUUGAACUCUUCCUUCAGGCUUUUGCUUUGUGGUUUGUGCAAAUGUCGGCCUGGGUCUGGUUCAGCUACCUAUUGAGUGGCAUCCUCUGUUUUUUUGCAGUCGGGGAUAGAGAUGAUUCUGGGCAUUUUGAGCUGUUUUUGCCUUUAGAUCAUCCACCAUAGUGAUGGGUGUUGGACGUUCAGCACUGAAAGACCUAAAAAAGUGUAUGUGGUGCAUUAUCUCUUUAUCCUUUUUUGAGGCAUUGCUGUUUUCAGUGCAGCCUUUUCUUUGUGGGUCUGUGUGUGUUUCAAUUUGUGUUGAAUUUCUAACACACAUUUCUUGACUCAUAUCCCUUGUUCUUUUUUUACUUAUUUAUUUGGAGUCAGAAAUGAUUGCAGAGGAAAUUUGCUCUUAUUUUUUUCUUUAAAAAAAAAACUCUAAAUCCAGCCAUUAAUUGUCAUGUUUUCAAGUCUAUCCAAAUGUGUUCACAACCCCUUCUCCUGAUGAUAUCUUACUGUUUCUUGGAAGUCAAUCAUAAUGUACAUCUUGUACACUGACUAUGGCUAAAAUCACUUUGGAACUAAGAACAUGAUGGCAGCCGGGUCACUACCAAACCUGUUCAACAGUGUGUUACUAGAUGAUAAUAUCACCAUGCGAUUGUCUUUGUGGAAGCUCUUUGUAAAAUUCUGAAUAUCCACCUUUAGUUGGCGAUGUCACCAAACAUUAGCCAACUUGCGCUUUUUCCACACAAACACACACACACACACACACAGUAAUUUCUGUAAUGUUGGCAUUCAUCAUUGGUGAACUCUCAUUGGAAAAUGUGUGCCUCUCAGCAUCACAGGAUUACUGACAUAUAAAUAGGAGGUUGGUUCUGCAACACUUUGUUUGAAACACACCUUAAGCUGUCGAUGCCCAGCGUGAGCACACACACACACAUACUGUAAAAUACACACACUUCGUCUUCUACCAUGUGUGUGAUUACUAUGUAUGGGGACAUGCUAACUGUUUCAGGAACUACUGUGACCUUGUUUUGUAAUGGUUUGAUGUUUAACACUGACCAUUUGAAGUUUGUGCUGCAGUUGUACAUCUUCGACCCAUAUUGCUUUUCAACAUUUAUCGGCUGAAUAAUUCGGUGGGAGGAGCUUAACCGGAGGACUGUUUUCAUGAUCGACUUGGCUUGUUAUACAGACACACACACACAUCCCAGUCUGAGAGAUAUUGCAACACUUGAACAGUUUAAAAUCAUUAACAUAGAGGAUGUUGGGGGAAAACACACACACACACACACACAUACACACACACCUAACACACACACACAAUAGAAAGAAACUGCAAUUUCAAAGUUUCAUUCAAGUGGCCUCACAAACAGUACAGUAGAUACCUGAAGACAUCCAUGUGUGUGUGAAAGUGUGUGGGGGUGUGUGUUUCUGAAGAUUUCAGCUCAUUCACCAUUGAUGAUAGCUUUAUUGUUGCUGCCACACUAUUUUGCUAUUCAGUAAAUAUGUAUAUUUAUUGAUAUUUCAUACGUUGUGUAUAUGUAGUGACCUAUGAUCGUCAAGGUUUAAAGAGUAAUUGUAUAUUUUUUGACUUUUAAAAGAGAGGUGUCUCUUACAUUUGUGUCCUUCCACUGCAUUGGUGUUUCAAUCUCCACUUUCCGUGGUUGGAAGUUAAAUUAUGUGACUGUCUUUUAACCUUAUAUUUUUAAUGUACUUUGUCUCUCCCUCCCUCUUUCUCUCUCUCUCUCUAUCUAUCUUUCUCUCUGUCUCUCUCUUUCUCCCUCUGUACUCCUCUUCUCUCUGUUUUUCUCUUCUCCUCUGGUCAUAUUAAAAUGCCAAUGUUUUGAAAUGAUCAAAGCACAUUCCUUAAUUUCUUGUGUUCUCUUUCAAAUGCUUUCCUGUUGCGACAAUACAAGUGUGUAUACUACUUGUUAUACACGUGUAUAUAUAAGUGCAUAAAUGUGUACACAUGUGCAAUACACGCUAUUUGAGCAAUCUAUUACUGUGACUAUUCUUCAUUAAAAUCGCUGUCCCUUUGAAUCA